AUGAAACUUGAAGAAUCUAACCAACAACAACAACAACAACAUCAACAUCAACCACAAACAGUUAUUAAUAACUAUUAUAAUACAUAUAAUUAUUAUUCUGGUCCUCCUCCUCCCUCUUCUUCAUGUCAAUUGCAAUCACCUCCUAUUCCUCUCCUAAAAAGUAGUGAUAUAAACAUAUUGGUACAUUUAGAAAAGAUAGCAGAUGUAAAUGGAGUUGGUGGUGAAUUUGUAGGUACAAGAGGACAAUGCAGAAGAUUGGAAGGAUUUCGACUUCAAUGGAAUAAACCAGUUGAAGGGUUAUCAUUUACGUACAUGGCACAUUUACAAAAUAUUGGAGAUGUGAGUUGGGUCAAUGAGGGCCAAUUCAUUGGCACAAGAGGAGAAUGUAGAAGAUUGGAAGGAUUUGCAAUUAAACUAACUGGUUCAUUGGCAAGCCAAUAUAAAAUUCAAUAUUCAGCACAUCUUGAAGGACAUGGUGAUACUUCAACCUACAGUAAUGGUGAAUAUUGUGGGACUAGAGGUCAAAGUAGAAGAGUCGAAGAGAAUAGUAGUGGUGGUAGUAGUAGUAGUAGUAGUAGAUACUCCACCUUUGUUUUGUUUAAUGGAUACUAUUUCCUUAUUCCUUAUCACGAACAUUAG